GAUCCUAUAGGCGGGUGAGGCUCACGAAUCCCCUUGUAUUCCAGGUGGAGUAAAAAUGCUGACUUUCUACUUUGAUGAUACUUUUGUGAUCGAGCAGCUGGACCCGGACGGUAAAAAGUUUGACAAAGUUUCCCGAAUUGUGGCACGGAGUGAGAAGCAUGGCGCUUUGCUGCACCUAGAUGUGAAUACGGAGAUAUACCCUAUGGGUGUGAAGGAGAAGUUCUUGAUGGUGCUGUCACCUACGCUUAACUACAGUGGAGCUCCUAUUACAAAUGAGGCACAGGUUGAACAGAAGUCUCUUGCAGAUAAAUUUGAAUAUAUCAUGUAUGGAUUGCUGUAUAAAAUGGAUCACAUGAGAUCAGAAUCUUCAGAUGGAGGCUCAAAGUCACCACCCUUAGUGGAGGUAUAUGUUUCUUUUGGUGGGCUACAGAUGAGGUUGAGAGCUGAUCCCAACAGCUGUGGAAAGUUUAAGGUUGACCAGAACAUGUUUUUGCUUAUCAGGAAGUUGAUGUAGAACUUUAUCAUAGAAUCGAAUUGGUAGCUAGUUAAACCUUCUAAACACUUGAAAAGCAAACUUAUUUUUGCCUUAUUUGCACUUUGUACGAGAUUAGGCGGCUAUAUUGCAGUGUAUACAUGAAGUAUUCAAUGCUAGACUUCCUAGUGUUAUUUUGUCU